AUGUUAUGUCAUACGGUACUAUUUCCUUUUCACGUUGUUGCCGUAGUCCUUAGGUCAAAUCUCAAAAUGACUAGCCCUCUUGUCUAUGAUACUGUCUGGCUACAGCAACCGAGAUUUGAAGAAGCAGAAUCUGUCUUCCAAAAUUACCUUAUCCAUGGCAAAGUCUCAGAUCAUGAAGACAAAGGUUCCAGUACAUUAGUUAAGGACAUACUACAGAUACGGCAACAUAUCCAAACUGCUAUGAACAACACAGUUCCAAAUGCUGACACUGGAAAUGCUCAGAUUGGAAAUGCUCUUGAGCAGAGGAUUCAUCGCCUUGAACAAGAAAACCAAGAAUUGAAGCAAACUGUAGAGGAAUUGAGGAAAAUGAUCAGUUCCCUUAACACUCAAUUGAAAACCUCUAAGAAUGUCAAAGAAAAUGAAAUUAUGGAAGUCGACAAUGAACCUGAAGAAAAGCAACAAGCAGAUGAUGAUGAUGAUAUCAAUCUGUUUGAUGAUGAUGAUGAUGAUGAAGAAGCCGAAAAAAUGAGAGAAGAACGAUUAAAGGCAUAUGCUGAGAAGAAAGCAAAAAAACCUGCUGUGAUAGCAAAAUCUUCUGUAACACUUGAUAUAAAACCCUGGGAUGAUGAAACGGACAUGAAGAAAAUUGAGGAAUGUGUUCGGUCCAUAGAAAUGGAUGGUUUACUUUGGGGAGCUUCAAAACUUGUUCCUCUUGCUUUCGGUAUCAAGAAGCUGUCUAUUAUCUGUGUCAUAGAAGAUGAUAAAGUUAGUCUUGAUGAUUUGGAAGAAAAAAUUGUGGCCUUUGAAGAUCAUGUUCAGAGUAUGGAUAUUGCUGCUUUCCAAAAAAUUUGA